AUGCAAAAAGAAAAAUCAAACAAAAAGCUUUUCAUUGGAAUUCUUGUUUUCACUCUUAUCAGUUUGUGGAAUAUUCUUGGACACAUAAAAGACGUGAUGUCUGAUGAAGUUGAGCAAAAGAGCCUUCUGGUCAAGGUACAAUUUGAAGACUCGUACAAUAAAACACUAGAGAGUGAACCCGAGAACUGCACAAGAGAUGAGACAGACAUCUUUCUCGACUUGGCUCUUCUUGAAAGAAAUUAUCCUGAACUGAAAGGAAAGCGGCGCAAAAUAGAAGGAAAAUAUUAUCCGUUUCUGAAUGAGAUGCUUCGUUUCAAUAAGAACAUGAAGCCUUCAGUUAUCCAACAGCCAGAUGAAUGUCAAUUUCAAGAUUCUAGUUUACCUUCUCUGAUUUUCGGAAUCAAGUCAAUGCCAAAAGCGAUUCAAGCAAGAGAAACUUUGAGGAGAACUUGGUUAAGAAAAGAAAUAUGGAAAACGCUUGGAUUUGAAAUCAAGGUUGUUUUUAUAACUGGAAAAGACAAAGGCUGGGGUCCGCAACAAAUAUAG